GUAACUUUGUCAAACCGGGAAAACUUCAAAUAGAAAAGUAGAGUGGGAUCUUAAUUUGACAGUACCUUGGGCAGAUGUCAGUGACGAAAAUCCCGCGGGCAGAACCUGCAGCCUGUGGAGGGCGAGUGGGCGGACAGCCCGGAGACAGACGCAGACCCGGGAGCACGCGGCUGCAGCCUGGGAGAGGGGAGGCGCAGCGGCUGCAGCCUGAGAGAGGGGAGGUGCAGCGGCUGACGUGCAGCGAAGAACAUUACGAAAUCUCGGUUCAUCUCAGUGGUGGGACUGGGGGCGUCGAGGGUCCGGGGUCCGGUCUCUUCCCUUCCUCCAGAGAUAGCAGUUCCGACUACACGUGGAAAAUGACUGCUUCAAUUCUUGUGCUUAUCUUUGGAUUUCUCCCAUUCAUGUUGGCCUUACCUCUACAAUUCAGUCCAACUGUAGAAUCAUGCCAAGACUGGGGUGUUAAUUUUGACCGCCACUUCGCUCUGGAAAGAGAAGCAGCUGUUUUGAAGUGCACUCCUUUGGAAUUUAUAUUUAAAGAGCUUAUGAAUGCAACAACAAAUUACAGUGUUGUGUGGUACCACAACAAAACAUCAGAAGUAAUAACAACAGACAAGAUGCAAAGGAUACAUGUAGAAGCUGAUUCUCUUUGGUUUCUUCCAGUAUUAAGUGAAGAUACUGAUCACUAUAUCUGUGUUGUGAGGUAUUCUACAUUUUGCAUCAAAGAGGCUAUUUCACUAACGGUUACCAACCGUACCAGUGCAUUAUGCCCACAGAAUGGUAAUUCCUAUGGGUCGUCGUCUUAUUCAGGGAUAGCUAAAGUGAUUUAUUGUCCUGAUAUCAUGGAGUAUUUUGGCUCAAAUGAAGAUAUUACACUAAAUUGGUACAAGAACUGUGAGCCUAUUUCACACGAUGGAGAAAAAUACCACUACCAUGAGGGUGAUUGGCACCUUACUGUAAAAGACGUGGACCCAUCAGAUGAGGGAAAGUAUGUUUGUGAACUACUAUUUAUGCAUAAUGGUUUACGAUAUGUAACAUCAAGAACCAUUGAUUUCAAUAUUAAAGGUUGUAAAGCUAGUGUAGGCCCACAAAUCAUGCAUCCCAAAAAUGGUACAAUUGAAAUACUACCUGGUUCAAAUUUGAACUUAUCAUGUGUAGCAUACACUGGAUAUUGUGACCCUUCCAUGACAAUUAUAUAUUGGCUAGUAAAUAACGAAUUUAUUGAAGACUAUAUCAACGAAUCUUUCCAGGUUGAACAAAGUUACAGGAAUAAUGAAGGCCAAGGCAACUAUUAUCAGAUGAAUAUAAUUUUAACCAAUUUCAAAGAAGAGUAUUAUAACAAGGUUUUUAAAUGCAUUGCACAAAAUGGCCUGGGAUAUCAAAUUGCAGCUAUUAAUUUUAGAAAAGCAGCUGCUGAUUUUACAAGGGAGAUAGUAGCCAUAUUUGGUGUGUUUGCCUGUGUUUUGUUCAUCUGCGUUUGCACUUACAAGAUUUUCAAGAUUGAUAUUGUCCUGUGCUUUCGUGAUACUUUUGCUGCAGAUAGUCCUCAAAAUGAUGGUAAGAGAUAUGAUGCUUAUAUCAUCUAUCCACAAAGCACUUCAUCAUGCAAUCCUGAUAUACUUCUCUUUGUUAUGAAUAUAUUGCCACAUGUUUUGGAAUUCCAGUGUGGAUACAAGUUGUUCAUACCUGGAAGAGAUGAUCUUCCUGGAGAAGCUUUUGUUGAACAAGUAAAAACAAAUAUCAAAGAGAGCAGAAGACUGAUUAUUUUGAUGGCAAGGUCUUUUGAUGAACAGCUGUUUGAACAGCAAGUUGGAUUGCAUGAUGCAUUGCUGUGUGAUCAAAUGAAAGUUAUUCUGAUUGAGAUGGAAUAUCAUAAUGAUUAUAGUGGCUUUUCUGAAUCAAUGAGACAUAUUAUACAAAAGAAAGGAACCAUUAAGUGGAAAAGCAAUGAAUGGACAACAAAUUCUCCAUCUUCAAACUCAAAAUUCUGGAAACAAGUGAGGUAUAAUAUGCCACCAAGAUCUUCCUGGUCCCGGGGAAGUAUUGAACACAUUAGAAGUGCACGAAAUGUACCCCAAUCCAUGGUUUUGUAAAGAUUAGUAAGGUUACUACUGUAAGUACUUGUGUAAACUGCAGAGAUAGCUAUUACCGAACACCAAGGAUUAGUUUUCACAGAUCUUUUCGUUUAGUAACUGGAAAGUCAGUAGAAUUCCAGUUUGCAAUAUUAUGAGCUGCACAGAAAUUUAAAUCCUUGAAAUUUUUAUUUUCAAAACGUUAUCUCUGUGGUAUAGUAUGAUUUUUGACAGUUAUGUAUUUUUAAUUGACAUUUUUAUUUUAAAACUGCACAAAAUCUAUUUUGUAUUUAAAUUAAUACUUAGUGUCUGCAUAUUAUACACAACGAUUUUGUCUGCCUAAUUUACUCUAAAUAGAGGUGAACAAAGAUUAGUAAGUGCAUUCUAAAAACAGAUUCAUAAUAUUGUACAUGUCUUCAAACAAACAUCAGGCCCAUUUUGUUUGAAAGUUUAAUUUUGUUUUAUGGAAGAGUAUGUUACAGAAUUCUGUGUCUUUUAACACCUUGCACAAAUCUUAAAAAAAUACCUAGCAGAAUUAUUAAAAAUUGAUAAUGAGAAACAACAACACAGGGCUAAUUUAUAUGAAAUAAAAUGGUGAAUCGUGUGGUUUGGCUGCACAUUUCAUUGUUCUUUAUAAUCAGUAUGCUCUAUACUGAAAGGUCUAUUUAAAAACAAGUUGGAAAUUUUAAACAUCAAAUCUGGUACAAAGAAAGCAUGCUCCAUAAAAAUGUUAAAGAUAGAUAAGAAUCUCAAACAGCUUGCUUGGUGAUGGGAUGAGUGGGCUGAAUGGACUUCUAAUUUGUUUUUUUACCUACCCCUAUACUUCCUUCCUUUCAGGCUUAUUACAUUGUUCUAGAGCAUACAUAGUAUGCAGAAGUGGGUAGACUGCCUCUGUGCAAUCUUUUUGGUCUAUGUAUCUGGAAAGCUGCUGGGAAUUUGGCCGGGGAACCACAAACACUGGAUUACAAAUUCCUUUGCUGGUUUCCCUAGAAUCCUUGUCCUGAAAUGAUUUAUGAAUUAUUGGUUCCUCCAUAUGAGUUGCUCACACCAAUGGGAGUGGUGCUGUGACUGAGAAUUUCCUCAUCUUUGGUCCAGUGGAACUAUAACUGGUGAAAUGAGGUUUACUGGCUGCACUUGAGGUGGAUACAUGGACCAUCUGGGGAUCCUGGCUUGGGUUGUGGUAUAGGUGUGAUUUUGACUUCAUUCCAAUAUACAGUUUUAUAACCUGUUUCCAGAUGGCUCAGCUGCCCUUUUGCCUUGGCAGAUUCCACCUGCGGCUGAUCUAACACAUGAUAUCAGAAGUAAAUCAACAAUAACCAUUGGGGACCCCUCCCCUUCCCCCCAUGCCCCCCCCCCCCCCUUUUAACCUUUCAAAUCCAGAAUCAGUAGUGGAGUUUACUGGCAGGCAAGAAGGGUCGCAGCAUUUUACCAUCCAUUUCUGACUUCAGAUGGUAAUAGCUGACAUGCUGUUUGUCAGGGCAGUGUUUUUUUUCAGUUCAUGGGGUGUAAUUGUUGUCAUCUUUCCCAAAAAAUGCUGUUUAAUAAAAGUAAGCCAUUACCAACGUGGUACAGCAAAUGAAAAAAGAAUAUAUGUUUUCACUUUCAAGUAAGGGGGUCACUUUUGCUCAAUGGCAGAUUACAUAAAUAUAUAUCCUUGGCUCUCUUUUCCAUUAUACCCAUUGUUGUGACCCUAGCAGAUGGUCUUGCAAGGGAAUAUUUCUUUUGAUGUAUAUGAUCAAGUGCUCAAACUGACUUUAGUCUUUAUAUUUAGUGUCCAAUAACGUGUAGCAUAUGUGAAUAAAUGUAAUAUUGGUCUGGUUGUAUUUGAUCAUGCAUGUAUUAUUGUAUGCAUGUAUGGUGUCCUAAAGAACAAUAUGAUAAACCUAAACAACUUUGGACCCCUUUGUAUUUGCUGGAUGUUAGUGUUAGAUUCUGACUCCACAUCAGUGUUGAGGAUGGGCUCCAAAGAACUGAAGCUCUCUGACGGUGGAGAUGUUUUUGGAGGCAUUGUGUGGCUGUAUACCCGUAGUGGUAAGGUGAAUCCAUUAACUUCAAUGUGCACACUGGAAGCUACACAACUAGAGUUUAGACUCAUGCUGGAGAAUUAAGGUUUGUAUACAAAUCAUUCACAAGACUUGCAACUUUGAAGUGGGAAUGGUGCAUGAAAGCAGCACAGACCCAGUCUGGAUGCAUUGGGUCUAUGAUAAAGCGCAUGAAUUCUUCAGUUCUUUGGUAGAAUGGAAGAAGUGUUUUUCAGAGCAAAAAAUAUUGUUGAAAUGGAGGCAGAGGAUAAAAAGUUGCCCGAUCAAAAUGAAACUUUAAGGUACCAUCAGAAAGCAACCUUACUACUGGAGAUGGGCUCAUACAUUCUUACCACUUUAGCUGGUCAGACACCA